UUAUGACAUUAUCCACAAGUGCGAAUAUUCGUGCAUAAUUCAUCCAAUGCUGUAACAUUAUGCAGUGAUUGUUUUGGAAGACUCAACAUGCAGGUGAAUAAAAUGUUCGAUUUCCGAGUCUUGUUUAUCUUUUUCGUAGUGCCUGCUUUGGGCAUACGAUUCCAACGGCCGGAUGAUGAUUACCGUCCCAUCAUUCAGCUGUUUCAAUGGCCAUGGAACGAUGUCGCUCGCUUAUGCACUGAGCAUCUGCAGAGCAUUUCGGGAAUGGUGGUUUUACAGGUCAGUCCACCGCAGCCGCAUCGCAUCAUCAACCAGCCGCUGCGCGACCGCAGCGUGAAACGGCCCUGGUGGGAACGCUACCAACCCACCGGUCUCUAUGUCGGCAAAACCCGGUCGGGCACAGCCGACGAAUUUCGCCGAAUGAUAGUUGCGUGCAACCGCUCAGGAAUUUCCAUUUACGCGGAAGUCGUUCUUAACCAUCUGGUCGGCGUGGAUGCCGGGCUGGGGCGUGAUAGUGAUGGGGCAUGGUAUUCCGUGGACGAGCAACUACGAACUAUGAAAGUGAACGGCAAUACGGCAAUUAAUACCCUGAUCAGUAGUACCGAAUCAUGUUCGUCAGCGCCGGAUGGCAACUUUGCCGGCGAAUGCCACCCUGGUACGCCGUAUACGUUUGCUGAUACUCCUGUACUCAAACUGGACUUGAGGAAGGAUGAAGUGAAACAGCAGAUAGCGGAUUUUAUUGUCAGCCUGCGACAGUACGGAGUAGAAGGAAUCUCCAUAAUUUCCGCCGGUUUGUCUAACAUUGAACAGUUACGAACAGCGAUAACAGAGAAGUUGAUUUUAUCAUCGCCAAGCAAUGCUUCCCUGACGGAAAACAUGUUUGUAUACUUCGAAAUCCGAAAUGAACCAGAACCCGAAAAAGCCUUUAAAAUCUCCGAACCAUCGCGCAAUUCUCUCCGGGAAUUACCCGAUAUUACCUAUUUCAGUCCACGAAUGGCCGCUCAUAUUCGUUCAAUCAUGGGACACGGUGUAGACUACCACAAUGAAACCACGCUCAACUAUGAGCACGUUAAUACGACAGAAUUUUUUGUUUUGGGACUGUCCGGCUACGGAGCGACGCUGUCCUUUGGUACAGUCAAAAUUUUCGCCUAUGAACAUCACGAGGUUAUCCAUGGUGACCGGUAUACCGCAUGGGGUUAUCCGGUGUUCGAUGCGAUGGACCGUGCUGACGAAGUCGUAGCAACGGUACUGCUACUGCUGACGACCCCCAACUUAGGUAUUCCCAGAAUUGUAUGGGAUUACUCGCUGAACACGGAUGUUGCGCAAUGGCAAGGGCCACCGACCUACGGGAACCUAACGGUAGUGUCGGUGUUUGAAACCCCAUCGGAGGAUGCCGCUGCUCACUGGGAUCACACCUUCCCUAUGGAAUGGAGUGAUUGGAUUAUUCCAGUUUUAAGGUUCCGCUCAGAAGCGUUAACAAAUUACAUUAACCCGUUACUCCAAACUCAUGCGGGGUUUUUAGCUGAAGGGCCAACCACUGACAUAACACCAUUAGCGGCAUUCAUAAUGACCUUUGAAAGUUUUCGCAUACCCCAGGAUGCCAUCGACGUCCCAGAACAGUGCAUCGUAACAAUCCUCCUGGUGCCAGUCAACGGCCAGUUGAAUCAGAAGUCAAUACAAAGCGGAGUGGAGUAUGUUAUCGGAAGGGAUCCGGAAUAUCCCUUCUAUUUACAGUUAAACAGUACCACAGUGAGUGGCGACAAUCUUAUAAGUCGACGUUCUUUUGUGCCGGAAGACCAGGUUUCAAUCACGUCUGUGAUUCGAGCCGAAAGCGAAGACGAUGGCACGUCUUACACAACCACAAUCAAAUUAACUGCGCAUAAUGUAGACACUGUGCCAUUUUUGCUGUUUUCUGUUCCGGCUGUUGGUUUCGGUGCUUGUUAUUGAUAAUAUCGUAACUAUGCAGCUGUGUAUGUGUAUAUUAUAAUAAGUAAAUAAAAAUGUACUAAAAUAA